AUGGGUAGUCAUAGAGGGAAUCCAAAAUAUAUUUAUUAUGUCAGAAGUUCAGAAUAUCAGAAGGCAUGGUUGGAUAGAGCCAAAACUUAUAGAAAAACUCUUAAAUCUUUAUCAUUUAAAGAUGUUAGUAGUAAAGUAUUAUUACAAGAUGAUAUUUCGAAUGAUAAGAAAUUAACAGAAAU